AAUAAAUGUUUUAGUGCUUAAAAAUACCUUUUAAAUAAUAGCAGAGACAGUUCACCUAUACAUAAAUCUGACCAGUGCCUUGGCCUGGUGGUGUCAUCUGCUUGUCUUCUUGAGUGGAAUAUUCCAGGUAAAGCAAUAACAUAUCCAUAGAGACAAACAAGAGAUGGACCCUCUAUCAAAAAAGUUACAUGUUGCGCCUUUAAGAGAACUGGGUUUGGGUAAAGCGGUUUUUUCGAAGUCGGUCGAAGCGCAGUAUUGCUACCACGAGGGGUCAGUGUUUCAUACACGUUUUCUGCAGGUGUACUGUAAAACUAAUGAAAACUGACCGUGUUGACACUGUAUAUUUACCCACACUCAAUGCAAUAAUGUAAUUUUAGUUGCAUAUUAACUUUAGUAACUUUUAAAUUGUGUUCAUCGUGAAAAAGUUUCAUAUUUAGUUGAAUAUCUAACUUAAAAUCCAGACAGCUAGAGUGUGUGCUUUGGACAAUGAUUGGGCAAUAGUGCGCUGUUCACCCUUUGAACAUCAUUAAAUGUUGCGUUGAAUUUGGAAACUCCAUUUUUCUGUCAGGAAGUUCUCUCUCCUGCUGCGACUGUGUUUUUGACCCUUCACAGCCUCUUUCUCACUCACACCAUGGCUAUGACAUCGCAGAAAUCUCCUUAUCUGGUUCUGGAAAAUUUUAUCGGAGGUGAAUUUGUCCCUUGCGAAAAACACGUCGACUCGUACGACCCGUCCACCGGAAAAGUCUACUGCCAUGUGCCGGACAGCGGACCAGAGGAGGUGGAAGCAGCAGUCAAAGCAGCUAAGAAGGCUUUUCCUGAGUGGUCUUCUCGCAGCCCAGAGCAGCGCGCUCAGAUACUCAACAAAUUGGCCGACCUCAUCGAAGAGAGAUUGUUUGAGUUUGCUCAGGCUGAGUCCAGAGACCAAGGUAAAACUGUGACCUUAGCAAGAAAUGUGGAUAUUCCCAGAUCUGUGUACAACUAUCGCUUCUUUGCCUCCUCUAUUCUCCAUCACACCACGGACUGCAGUCAGAUGGAUCACCUUGGCUGCCUCAACUACACCAUUCGCUGCCCUGUGGGUGUGGCGGGUUUGAUCAGCCCCUGGAACCUGCCCCUGUACCUGCUCACCUGGAAGAUUGCUCCUGCCAUUGCCAUGGGAAACACUGUGGUGGCCAAACCCAGUGAGAUGACCUCUGUGACGGCCUGGAUGAUGUGCAAGCUCAUGCAAAAGGCUGGUGUUCCUCCCGGAGUGGUUAACAUAGUUUUCGGCACGGGCCCAAGAGCAGGCGAUGCUCUGGUUGGUCAUCCAGACGUUCCACUGGUUUCUUUCACCGGCUCCACAUUGACAGCCCAGAGAAUCACAGAGCGCAGCGCCCCCUACUGUAAGAAGCUCUCUCUGGAGCUGGGAGGAAAAAACCCUGCCAUAAUCUUUGCUGAUGCAGACCUGGACCAGUGCAUCGAGACAACUGUCCGCUCCAGUUUCUCCAAUCAGGGGGAAAUCUGCCUGUGCACGAGUAGAAUUUAUGUUGAAAGAAGUAUAUACAAAACUUUUCUGGAAAAGUUUGUGGCUGCUGCAAGAAAGUGGAAGACCGGUGCACCAUCCGACCCCAGCAACAACAACGGAGCAUUGAUCAGCAGAGAACACCUGGAGAAGGUUCGCAGUUUUGUGGCCCUGGCCAAGUCCGAGGGGGGUACUGUGCACUGCGGAGAGGGUGUGGAUGCGCUGGACCUACCUGCGGCUAACGCUAACGGCUACUUCAUGCCUGCCACUGUUAUCUCAGGCCUGUCCGACUCCUCCAAAGUGAUGCAAGAGGAGAUUUUUGGUCCGGUCACCUGCGUCAGCCCCUUUGACACCGAGGACGAAGCUGUUGCCAAGGGCAACGGGGUGCGCUACGGGCUGGCAGCCACAGUAUGGUCUCAGGAUGUGGGUAAGGUGCACCGCAUGGCUAAGAGGCUGCAGGCUGGACUGGUGUGGACCAACUGCUGGCUGGUGCGUGAUCUGAAUCUGCCUUUUGGGGGCAUGAAGAACUCUGGGGUGGGACGCGAGGGGGGCAAGGAUUCUUACCACUUUUUCACCGAAGUCAAGAGCGUUACCAUCAAGCACUAACAGGCAAGUUCAUCCAACUGUUGCAUCACUGAAUUAAUCACAUGAAAACUGAGCUUGUUUAACAAAGACACAAACCUGUUCAGAAAUGUGCCGCUGGCUAAGAAUACGAUUGUCAGUUGUAAACACUGAUCUGGAAUUUCUUCUGGUGUUUUCUAGGGCAUCUCACUGCGCCCAACAAAAUUAAGUUGUAUAAAUCUUACAAAACCUGAUUGUUUCAAAGUAGUUAUGCAGCCAGAUUAUAUCAUUAGAACAGAUGUUUGGCUCAUCACAAGACAUUAACUGGCUUAGAGCAGCCCUAACAGUCAAAUAUGGUAAGUAGUUUAUCAAAAAUAAUUGACAUUUUACAUUCCCUUUACUUCAUUCUCUGUGUCAACGCUCUGCUCCGAAGGGAAGCGUAGAAAGCCCAUAUACUAUUCUGAGUAGUUUGUUUCCUUAUCUUUGUUACAUAGUAAUUUUACAAAUCCUUAAUUUCUGUAAUAUCUAAUGUAAAUGUCUAGAUUUUUUUAUGUUAAUAAGCAUCAAUAAUAACCACUAAUCAAAUAAAUACAUAAAUAAAAACAACUUGGCAAUGCAAUUACUACUUUAUGCUAUUAUAACAUUUGGCAGCUCACAUUUAUUUUGCAUCUAUUAUAUUCCUUCUAUUUAAUAAAAGAUUCUGAAUGGUCUGGCACCCUCAGCC